AUGCCGGCUCCUGAAACAUGGGGCGCGCGCAUUCGGGACAGUCGCUUCCUCGGCAAUGUCUACAUCCGAGGAUUCGGAGCGUUCAUGUUGUUCUGCAGCGUCUGCUCCCUCUCGCAGCAGUACUCGUUCGUGAACGACGGAGGCUUGGGCGAGCGGAGCAACAUCCGCAGCGUUGCGAAGCAUGAGGCGAUGGUUUUGGCGGCGUUGAACGCGGCGUCAACGCCCGAUGUCGAUGCGGCGGAGGUGUGGACACCUUCCGACACUUCAGCUUCACCAACUCCGACUGAAACAUCAGCGCCAACACCAGAACCAACACCAGAACCAACACCAGCACCAACUCCUGCACCAACUGAGAAACCCACUGAGAAGCCAACCGAGAAGCCUACGGAGAAACCAACGGAGAAGCCCACGGAGAAGCCGAAGGAGUUGCCGAAGCGAAUCUCUGAGCCUCGUCAAGCCGUCAAGAAGGAUUCCAAGGGGAUUCUCAUGUGUCUGCACGACGGUAUUUUGGAGCUGGGAAUUUCGUUGAUCCGCGAGUUGCGGUGCCUGGGCAACAACGAACCGAUUGAGGUGCACCACUGCCACGACCUGACUAAACCGUCCGUGGAUCUCCUCUUCGGCCUCGACGAUAACAUCCAAGUCAUCGACAUUUGCGAGCGUUAUGUCAUUAAGAAGGUUUUCUCAGACGAAAUGGCCAAGAGCUUCCAGAGCUACUGGAUCAAACCUCUCGCCGUGCACUUCACCAGUUUCGAAGAACUUAUUUUCCUUGACGCAGACGCCAUUUUGCUCAAAGACCCCGCCGCACUGCGUGAGAACGAAGGAUACAAGGAGAAGGGCACGCUCUUCUUCUACGACCGCGUGAUCAACAACAACCAGUAUCUCAACAAGCGGGAGAACGGCAAGGGCGCAAUCUACCUCCACAAGUGGCUCAAGAGCUUCGACUACAAGCGCUUCGGACUUGAAUACGCAGAGCCAUCGCCCGAGUUCAAGAAAUCCUUCGCCUACCGUGGAAGAACUGCGCACGAACAGGAUUCGUCCAUGCUGCUUAUCAACAAACGCAACGCCGGCAAGGCCAUGAACGUCUUGUGGUACCUUAUUACCGAGCACCGCUUCAUCUACGAGUUCUCCUGGGGUGACAAGGAGGCUUUCUGGCUAUCGUUUGAGUUCUCACACACGCCCUACUUCUUCUCGCCAUGGGGAGCGAGUGUCGUGUCCGCUACGGCCAACAAGGACAUGGAGCGACACCCGGAGACGCUCUGCGGUAGCUUGGCGCACUUCGACCCCGCAAACACGAGCGCCCCCGCUGAGCUGCUGUAUGUAAAUGGCCGAUCGCUGGUGGACCCCGUGCCGUUCCGCCUGCACAAGCUCAACCUGCUGCAGCCAAACCUCGUCUUCAACAUGCUGCCGACGCACGUGACGCCGCGACAGGAGCGACGAGCACCCGCCGGUAAGGGUGAGUGGCCCGAGUGCAUGACCGGCAUGGGAUCCACGCCUGCGCCACCUCAGCUGCUGCUCAACCUGUGGAGACGGCGCCUGCACUUCCAGGCCAUCUCCAUGGGCUUCAUCGAGCCCCUGCUCCAGUGCGAUAACCCUGGCGACAGACUUCCAGACAUCCCGGAGCCUGUAGCAAAGGCGAAGAAGUAG